GAUCCAGCACGAAGAGUACGCGCAGCAGUAACAAGAACAUACUGAACACUGGUGACGGGUCUACAUGAAGACUGAACAGACACGGAUUCAAAACCCCUCUCAUAGUACACAGACCAAGCACUCCAAAAAUGCUGUAGGGCUGUGAUCUCUGAAGUCUGAGAACAGAAACAAAGGAGGAAAGGCAUCAUGGCUGUUUUUAAGUUGGAAAAUGUCGAAGACUUAUAUGUAAUUGGAGAGGUACUGGGCAGUGGUCAUUUCGGACAGGUGCGUGAGGUGCGCGAGCGGGCCACAGACACGUUAUGGGCAGGUAAGUUUAUGAAGCUGCGCCGUGGAGCGGGGAGCCGUCUCGGCCUGGAGAGGAAAAGCGUGGAGAAAGAGGUGGAGAUUCUACAGAGCCUCCAACAUCAGAACGUCAUGGCUUUGAGAGAUGUGUUCGAGAGCAAGGCGGAGGUGGUCCUCAUCGUAGAGCUUAUUCGAGGAGGUGAGCUGUUUGACUUCAUUGCUGAGAAAGAAAGCCUGACAGAGACAGAUGCCAUAGAUUUUCUGAAGCAGAUUCUAGAGGGAGUGCGCUACAUGCACGACAAACAUGUCGGCCACUUCGACCUAAAGCCAGAGAACAUCAUGCUGUCAAAUAAGCGAGUCCCCGACCCCGACAUUAAGAUAAUUGAUUUUGGCAUGGCUCACUGCUUCAUACAGGGAGAGGAGUACAGAAGUAUGGGUGGCACCCCACAGUACAUCGCCCCUGAGAUCAUCAACUUUGAACCUCUUGGCACAGCUGCAGACAUGUGGAGUGUUGGCGUUAUCACCUACAUCCUGCUGAGCGGUCUGUCUCCGUUCCAAGGAGAGACAGAUGAAGAGACACUAAAGAACAUUGUAGCGUUGAAGUAUGAAUUUGUGCCGCACUUCUUCAGUCAAACCAGCAGUAUGGCCAAAGACUUCAUCCAGAAACUUCUGGUCAAAGAUCAAAGUGAGAGAAUGACUGCGGACGAAUGCCUGAUACACCCUUGGAUCAAGCCUCUUAACAGGACACAGAUAGCUAAGAGGAAUCGCUCAUCCAUCAACAUGAAGAACUUUAAGAUGUUUAAUGCUAAGAGAAAGUGGAAGAUGUCCUAUAACAUGGUGUCGGCCUGCAACAGGCUGUGCAAGCUUAAGCUAGUCUGUAAUACCAAACUUUUGGAAACACAAAACCUGAGGGAGUGUGAGAGUGACCAAGAGGACACAGAAACGAAAACAGCCUCCCUACUGCGUCGGCGACUCAGCAACAGUUCCUAGAACCACCCGAAAAAGAGUGACACAACACUACAGCCCUCGUGCAUUUAUCUGCCGAUAAAGCCACCCGCAGUCUUUAUAUACCAGAGACACCAGAAAGUCCACACCUUAAGCAGGAGAUUACUUAAAAAUUUUGGCCAAAACCACAUGGGUUGUUUUAUUACACAUAUUAAUAUGCAUGUUAAUCACAGAUUGCUACCUCGGAAAAUCUAAAUGAAGGCACUUGAGCAUGAAUUGCCAUAACCAUGCUAUAACCUCAAAAAACCUAAGCUUACUAGUCUUACUAUCAGUAAAAAAAAAAGUCACAUAAAUGAUAGACCAACAUGCUUUAGACAGACUCGCAAUUCAAAAAAACUGUUCUUGCCUAUCGCAGCGUGGCGAAGUGAAAUCUGUGAUUAGCUCAUCUUUCUAAACUUGGUAUUGAUGUUAAAAAGGCUGAACAGUACUUCUCUGGUUCUUUCUGUUACAAAUAAUGCUGGAAAAACUGCAAAGUAGAAUAACACAAAUAAUUAGAUCUAAGCAAGUUUAUUGUCCAAUUGAGAAAACAGCUCCUCAAAAUCACAAUCAUUCCUUAAACAAGGACUCCAACUUCAACUGUAAUUAUAAAAAUAAUAAUAUAUAAUAAAAUAUGUAGUAAAAAACGCUAGCACACCAGAGCUGGGAUUUCAAAUACAUCAUAUCGAAUCUCAGCUCUGCCAUCCAGCUGGGCUGGGCGGCUAUAUGAACGUCUGCACAGAGUAGAGAAAUAAUGCUGAUCAGCGUGUGGCUCUCCGUGCACAAGGCUGAUCUGCAUAUGAACACGCCCCGUGCAGGUGAAAAGAUGCAGUCGGGUACUGCACACGUUUUGGAGGGAGUGUGUGUCAGUUCGCUCUCUUCAAUUGGUGUGGGGGUCAGCACCAGUAGAGAGGAAGCAUAACGCAAUUGGGUAGAAAUUGGACGUGCUAAAAAAUUGGGAAUAAAAGGGAGAAAAUGCAUUAAAAAAAUUAUAAUAAUAAGAAUGAGAUAUACAUCCCAAGCCAAAUUCAAAUUAUAAAUGAAAACUUCAACACAAACUAAAAGUGAAUAAAAUUACAGAUUAUAUAAUGAAUUUACAUAAAGAUUGUACACACGUUUGUAUUUUGUAUUCUCCCACAUUGCUAUAUACCUACAAUCAGCACAUAAAUGAAUACAGAUAUUAAAAAAUUUAAAAUCAGAAUGCAGGGUCACAAAUAAAUACAUUUAAACUAACCAAGCAAGCAAACAGAAGCUUAAAAAUGUGACAAUAUAAUAAUUCCAGUUCCUAUUAGGGAUGUAACGAUACACUCUACCCACGAUGCGAUGCCAUUCACGAUACUGGGUUCACGAUACGAUUUUCCCCCGAUUUUUUUAAAACUAAAAUUGAAGACAAAUUAUGACAAAGUUUCCUUUUAUUAUUUCUCUUAAAAAAAGAAAAUUUGUGAUUAUCUUUUAUUAAUCUAAAUAAUGAACGCCCUUUUAUUUCUGAGGUAGGUACAAACUAUGCAAAACAAUUUUGAAUUAAGCCCAAUUUGGCUGAAAAACCCCAAAUUUGGCAAUCAGGCGUAUAUCGCCUGUAACGUCAACCAGGUGAGGUGUAUAGCGCCAGUGCCCUCUGCUGUUUAAAGUGAAUAUCGAUUCAUUUUACAUGUCAAUUCGAUUUGAAUUGUGGUAUUUUUGAAUCAGUUAUUAACUGUAUUGUGGUGCAUCGUUACAUCCCUAGUUCCUAUACACUCUUUGUCAAUGUCUCAUUAUCAGCAUAACUACAUUUGCACCUUCAUUUCAUCAUUAAAGAUUUAUGGACGAAUUCUGAAGUGCACACUGCAAAGAAUGUCUCUAACUUGUUCAUCCCUACAUCCCACUACAAAAAAGAUUUAUGACAGCAUUUUUAAGAAUUCAGUUUAAACAUUAUGGAGAGUUUGGCUCUAGUCCCUUUAAACUUGUUAUUAAUAAAGAUUAAUAUGGACAGUCUGGAAAUAUAUUUACUGAUAGUAACAGUGAAUUAUCAAGCUGGAAUAUUUAAAUGUAAGAACUUGAGUGAAUUUAUCCAGGAAUGGAAUGUUCACAAACUGCGUGCCUUUACUGACAUAAAUAAUGAACAGAUUCCUGACCUCUGAACACUCAGCUGAUAGCACACUCUGGAUCUGUACCAUUACUUCCUAUUAAAUGUGUUACUGACUCAAAACCAGUUCCAGCUGUUGGUGCACACUGGAGAUGAACACUAUGUUUAUGCUUUUUUUUUUAGGGUGGGUAGAGUGUGAAAGGAUCGAUGGAACAAAUUUUUGUUCCAGAUUGGAAUUAGGAAGGAGCUAAAUCUGAGGUUUAUGUUGUAUCCAUGUUAAGUGUUUCACUGUUCAGCUGCUUCUCUUGUAUUUCAGAGAUUAACUGAUGGGCUAAAAAGCGGGUGGGUAAAAUGUUUAUGUGAUUGCAAUGCAUGCUGAUAAAGUAAGGCUGGAGUAGCCAUUUAACAGAUACCUGGGAGUCUUUGGCUCAUGUUUCUCUGGGUUUUUAAUUAAAAUUGGCUUUAGUGAUAAAUAAUGACACUUUUUAAAAGCUCUUACACUGUACUACAUUUUAUAUGUUUAGAAAAAAAUAGUUAAAAGUGAUGGUUUGCCUUAAAACACAGUGUAAGUGUUUAAUGAAUGGCAGACUUUACAAGUUGGACUUGUUUAAUAUGCAAUGUUUAUUAGGAAAAGUCUUCCAUUUACAGCAACAAUAAAAAAACAAUACAUUGCAUUCAGCAACAUCUCUGUGUUUUGGGUUCAUAUUAUAUACCUAACUCAGUUUGUCUUUUAUUGUUUUUUAAGGAACCUUGAAUAACUAAAUGGAGCUGUGAUUUAAAGCAUUUUAACUUGAUAGAAUUGAUAAGAGUUUGUAUAUACCAUUAUUUAGGAACAUUGAGUUGUGUUGAAUAGUUUGGGCCAGUGAUAGCUCAGUGGUUAAGGUACUGGACUAGUAAACAGAAGGUUGUCGGUUCAAGCCCCACCACCACCAAGUUGCCACUGUUGGGUCCCUGAGCAAGGCCCUUAACCCUCAAUUGCUCAUUGUGUCAGUCGCUUUGGAUAAAAGCGUCUGCUAAAUGCUGAAAAUGUAAAAUGUUUUUUUAUUUAAAAUACAUUCAUUUAUAUUCUUUCAAAGAUACAAUACCAUAUUUUCUGUGAUGCAAUAACAUGUUUCCUGUAAAAUGUUGCCCUUAAUGUAACAGAUUUGCAUUGUAAUAUUAAUAAAAUAGUUUUGUUUUACAGUCAUUUGCAUGUGAAAAGUAAAAAAAAACAUUUUUGGUUUAA